AUGAACGACGAUGGCUCGGAUGUAGUCGGGGUGUGCUUCGAAGCUGGUGAUCUUCUCGGAAGUGUUGUAGUUGUAGACUCGGAGUUGGAAGUCAUCGCUGCCGCAUACUAUCCAGUUCUUUCGUGCGAUGAAGCGACCUGCUCGCACAGGCACAUCGGUCAAUUCGAACGUCUUUAUGAUCGACUGCGUUUCGUAGGACCAGAUGUAGACGUGGCCGCUGUAGAGUGUGGUGAGGAUCCAUGGCUCGGUGGGGUGGAAGUCAAUGCCCUUGACACGCUCGCUGCGCGCAAACAGCUGCCUCUGCAGGAUAUUAGCUGA